AUGGAAUUUUUUGAACGAUCCGAAGAAUGGAGUCUCUUGAAUUUUCUAAAGUACCUUGACUCAGUGGAGAGCUUAAGCGACUGUUCUGAAGUACAUCAUAAGUAUAAACUUCUUUUGACUAGUAUUAAGGGUAUUAAGGAUGAUAAAGAAAAUGAAUUCCAUUCUUUCGAGAUCAAAGAAUUUUGGCAAGAAAGAAAUCUUCGAAUUGUUCUUAAGGAAAAAACUGUGAAAAGAGACUACGAUCAGGCUAAUAACAAAGAAGAUGAUUGCUCAAACAAACGUAGACAUGGAAUGAAAAAGAAUGAAACUGAACAGCCACAUACUCCAGAAGAGAAUAUAAUUUAUUUUCAUCAUAUUUUUAAUGAAGAACCUUCAACCAUGGUGCUGAGAGAACAAAAAAGGGUUUGCUAUGCUGAGAACUCAACAGAAAUAGAUUUGCUGAAAUCAUAUUACGAAGAAUUUAAGAUAGAUAUUGAAACAAAACAAUAUAUCUGUAAAGUUUGUGAUUCUCGCGAAGGUACACCAUGUACCACAACACAUGAAGUUACAAACCCAAUCAUCGUGACUUCAAACAAGUCUGUUAUAACGAAUUCAGAUUAUUCAACAAUUGUAUUCAAGAUAAUAGCAGAGACAGAAGUUGAAGACAAUGAAAUAACAGAAGAUACGAGAUUCCUUUGUUUCAUUAGAAAUACUCUAUUAGACUUUACUGCAACAUUCAAGUUUUUGACACCGAAGGUUAUAAAUAGGGAUUUGUUAAUUUUGCAAUUAUCAGAUGCAGUGAAAAUUUUAGAUAUUGAAGUUUCUGGACCACCAUUUAAUUAUACUAAAAAACACACUAUUGGGAAUGCAAAGAAGCUUCUUUUGUUAUCUGUUUGCAGUUUAUGCAAAAUACUUGCAAACAAUUUUGAUUGUUCGAUUGAAGAUGUAAAACAACAAGAAAAAAUACAAAAAAGGAUCCAUUCAUUUAUUCCUUCAGCUGAUAAUAAUAACGAAGAUUUACGAGAGUGA